AUGUCGUCUAACAAUAAAAAACCAUUCUCUAAAGCGGCACCAACACCAGAAUAUAUUUUUCGUGAUCACACUGAUCAGAUAAACGUGUUAAAAUUUUACCGGAAUAAUAAAAGAUUAUUAUCGGGCGAUGCUGAAGGAAACAUCAUAAUAUGGGAUAUGAAGAUUAGACGUCCAAUUUUAAAAUAUAGAGCACAUCGUGAAGGAAUUCUUAAUAUUUCAACAUGGCAGGAUUUUUUGAUUAGUCAAGGCAGAGAUAAUAAGGUUCAUAUAUGGAAUAAUGAGUCUGAUGUAUUAAUAAAUGCUGCAUCUGAUCCUUUGAAACCGAUGUUUAGUCAUACAGUCAACUCUUUGAAUUUUUGUCAAUUCUCAAUUUUCGCGCAAGAACGUGAAAAUGCUAAAGACUUAUUGUUGAUCGCUGUACCAAAUUUGACCGAUUCUGCUGGGAUUGAUAUAUGGAAUCUUCUUGGUCAACAAAGAUUAAUUGAUGGUAUAGGACUUAAUGAAGGGAAAAAUUUAGGGUAUUGCAUGUCAAUUAAAUUAUUCAAUAAAAGCGAUCACGAAAAUCAAUAUUAUAUUCUAGCCGCAUACGAGAAUGGGAGUGUGGUAUUAUGGAAGAUUGAUUGUAGUAGCAACUACUGGGAAAAAUGUUGGACCAUAAAAGAACACUCCGAGAGUGCUCUGAGCGUUGAUAUCUCGAGAGAUAAGACAUUUGCAAUCUCUGUUUCAGGGGAUAAUAAAAUAAUCAAGUAUAAAUUUUCUGAGUUUAUAGAAGACACGCCGGUUAUAUCACAGGUGAAAAUCAAAACACCAGGUAUUUCAUAUGUAUGUAUUAGAUCCGAUAGUAAAAUUUUUGCUACUGCCGGAUGGGAUGCGAGAGUACGUAUUUUCUCUGCUAAAAAUUUAAAGCCUUUAGCUAUACUUUCAUAUCACAAUGAAAGUGUGCACGCUUUAGCAUUUUCUGAAUUAUUGGAUCUUGAAUCAGACAAGAGUAUGAAAGAUAUCAACAAAAUCGAUGAUAAACAUCAUAAUUUAGAGGUGUGCGAUAAUAAUCUUGAAGAAGACAUCGCGAAUGAUCAACAGCUGAAGCGUCAUUAUUUGGUAGCUGGUGGAAAAGACACGAGAAUAAAAAGAAUACGCCCUCAAAAAAAGAUUUUAGGAUUUUAG